UUUCAUUAUUGAGAGUGUGGACUCUCAGACUGAAGGAAGGAAGGAAGGGUUUGUGUGGAAACUUGAGGACAUGCGACGUCUUCUGCAAACUUUACUCAACUCUCUGCCAGCUGAAGAAAGACCCGAAUAGUGAAGAAUGAACUGAGGAGAGGAAGAGGUGAGGAGGGGGGAGGAAGAAGAACUGUUCACUCCCAUUGAUCACAUCGAGUGAAGAUGCACGCUGCCGCCGCCGUCGCCGUGGCUCUCGCUGUGCUGAGUGUUUUCUGCCGCGUCGACCAACUGUCUGCAGACCGGGCCAAACCGAACCAGAACCAGACCGACAGAAACAACCGUACAGAUGAGGCGGAACCAAAGAAGAAGAAGAACCAGCCGCACAUCAUCUUUAUCCUCAUAGACGACCAGGGCUUCAACGACAUCGGCUACCACAACCCGACCAUCAAGACCCCCACUCUGGACAAGCUGGCGGCGGAGGGCGUGACUCUGGAGAAUUACUACGUGCAGCCGAUCUGCACGCCGUCGCGCAGCCAGCUGCUCACCGGCAGAUAUCAGAUCCACACAGGCCUGCAGCACUCGAUCAUCAGACCCAGCCAGCCCAGCUGUCUGCCCGCUCACAUGGACACGCUGCCCCAGAGGCUCCGAGAGGCCGGGUACUCCACUCACAUGGUGGGCAAGUGGCACCUGGGUUUCUACAGGAAGGCGUGCCUGCCCACCAGAAAGGGCUUUGACAGUUUCUUUGGAUCUCUAACAGGAAGUGUGGAUUACUACAGCUACGGGUCGUGCGACGGACCCGGGGUUUGUGGGUAUGAUCUCCACGAGGACGAGGGCGUGGCGUGGGGCCAGGAAGGGAAAUACUCCACAACGCUUUUCACACAGAGAGCCCGCAAGAUCUUGGAGACUCACGACCCCACGGAGAGGCCGCUCUUCCUGCUGCUCUCCCUCCAGGCAGUCCACACUCCUCUGCAGCCUCCAAAGUCCUACAUCUACCCCUACCGGGACAUGGCUAACGUCGCCCGCAGGAAGUUUGCCGCCAUGGUGUCCACGGUGGACGAGGCGGUGCGAAACGUCACCUACGCCCUGAGGAAGUUGGGAUACUACAGGAACAGCGUCAUCAUCUACUCCACCGACAACGGAGCCCAACCGUUCACAGGAGGCAGCAACUGGCCGCUGCGAGGACGAAAGGGCACAUAUUGGGAAGGGGGAGUUCGUGGAGUGGCGUUUGUCCACAGCCCGCUGUUGAGACGCAGGAGACGGGUGUCCAAAGCUCUGCUGCACAUCACCGACUGGUUCCCCACUCUGGUGGGCCUCGCCGGGGGAAACAUCAGCCAGAGUCAGGGUCUGGAUGGAUUCGAUGUCUGGCCCACCAUCAGCGAGGGGAAGGAGUCGCCCCGUCAGGAGAUCCUUCACAACAUCAACCCUCUGCACAAACCUCCGCUGCAAACCAUGAAGUGGGACGUCAGCACGGAGAGAGCUAAGGCAAGCAAAUCGAAAGGCACAAAGAAGCCGAAGAAGAAGAAGAAGAAGAUCCUGAGGCAGAAACCGAAGCAGAAGUCAGCUUUUAGGGUGAAGAAACCCCAUCCUGCUGCUAAACCUGCACCCACACUUAAAUCCAAGCCCUCUCCCAAAACAAAGCUUAAGCCCUCUCCCAAAACAAAGCUCAAGCCCUCUCCCAAAACAAGGCUUAAGCCCUCUCCCAAAACAAAGCUUAAGCCCUCUCCCAAAACAAAGCUUAAGCCCGUUCCUAAAAUAGCAAAAAAGGAAGUUAUCAAACAAAAGCUUAAGCCUGUUCCCAAACCGAAGCUUAAGCCCGUUCUAAAAUCAAAACCCACAUCCAGGACAAAAGUUUACCCCCUGACCCCGAGACUGCCGACAUACAAUCCAUCGGGUUCGGGAACAUCUCGCCCUAAAUCUCAGCCUCAGAUCCAGCCACGCUUGAAGCGAAAAUCCAGGAGAAACACAUCGCAGAACUUUUCACACUCAAGACCACCUCAACGUAAAUCCAAGACGGAGCACACAUUACAUUUCCAGUCGAGGAGGACGUCCUCCCAGUACCAGAACAUGUCUCAGGCAGGAGCACCGCAGCCUAAAUCCCAUCCGACGCCCCGGUUUAGUUUCCCGUCAGUGUGGGACGCUUCGGUCCAGGCUGCCAUCAGAGUGGGAGACUGGAAGCUGCUGACAGGUGACCCAGGCCACGGAGACUGGGUCCCGCCACAGGUUAUGUCCACUCUCCCUGGUCGCUGGUGGAACCUGGAACGUCCCGUCUUCCCGCUCCCCAAAUCCUCCUCCGCCCCGAAGAACGUGUGGCUCUUCAACAUCACGGCGGACCCCUGCGAGCGGCAGGACUUAGCGGCGCAGAGACCGGACGUCGUGCAGCAGCUCAUGGCUCGACUGGCCUUCCACAACCAAACGGCCGUGCCCGUUUAUUUCCCGCCCGACGACCCUCGAGCCAAUCCCAGCAGGCACAGCGGGGCCUGGGUUCCCUGGGUGGAGGAAGAGGAGGACGAGGAGGGGAAAUAUCACGGCGUGUACAAGACAGAGAAGAACAAGAAGAAGAGGAAGAAGCCAAAGUGCCCGCUGUGCAAACUGCAGUCGUUCUUUCUGAAACUGAACACCGGGAUGAUGUCCAAUCGGAUCUGAGGAGUCCACUUUUUGUAAUAUUGUUUGGUACAUCGUCGCUUCCUUAAAUCAAUGAUAAGAGAGAUAACCAGGUGAGUUAAUUCCAGUAAACUCUUUCAUGACCAUGUCUCAUACGAAAACGUUUCAACAUGUAUUACUAUGUAAAAUAUGGACACUAUGUUACAUGCAGGAUUGUAGCUGAUUCAGGCUUCCAGUUCACCCAAAUCACAAAGUAUUUCAUGACCUGUCCCUCGUGAUAUCCGGCCAUGCAGAUACUGUCUUUUCAAUGAUAUUUGCCACGGUUUUUGGUCAUUAUUGGUGGAUUUGUUCCAUCUUGUGCAAUAAUCUUGGAAUUUAGCAAUCAACAGCAGGACUAUCUGCAUAGCAAGAUGCUGACUAAAGUAAGCAGGAAACUGUUUUUCUGAUAUGGGUGAACUGAGACUUUAAAUUCCUAACUUUUUUGAUGGUAAGGGGUUUUCUUGACUGUUGUUCCCUGAUUUAUUAUGUGAUUAAAUUAGGGCCGGGACUCGAUUAAAAAAAUUAAUCUAAUUAA